CAAGGUCCUUCAUUUGCAACUCCGACUUCUUUUUGGCUUGAUCACUUGCAGCAAGAUUAGCUGCUUAUAUCUCUGAAAAUGCCAUCCUCAACGGCGGCGUACUUACAAAACACUUCACCAAAUUCAAAUGGUGCACCCUCGACGCGCUCAACUUCAUUAACGAUUCAUCCGUCCGCACUCUUCUCGAUCCUUGACCACUACCUUCGCCGAACAGAUGCUCAACAUCGUGUCAUUGGUACCCUUCUUGGUACCCGCACAGACUCGACCGUUGUCGUGAAAUCUGCAUUUGCUGUUCUCCACUCGGAGACCGACGAGCAGGUUGCCGUAGACAUGGACUACCACCGUGCUAUGUACGACCUCUGCAUUCGUGUUAGACCCAAUGAAACCAUCGUAGGAUGGUACUCCACUGGCUCAGACCUGAACACGUACUCUGCCUUGAUCCAAAAUUUCUACUCCCAAGAGACCGCGCCACAUCAAGCGGUACACGUUGCCCUUGAUACUGGAACGGAGGAUGGCAAGGGUGCUGGAGUGAAGGCAUACGUAAGCUCACCAGUUGGGAUCUUCCCAAAACCUGAAAAUUGUGUAUUUGUUCCAAUCCCUUGCGAACUCCGCUUCCACGAAGCAGAACGCAGUGGCCUUGACCUGUUGUUGUCUUCGAACCCGUCAUCCACCCAAACCGACCUCGAUGUUCUUGCUUCCGCAUUGACAGAGGUGCAAAAUAUGCUCAACAGAGUACUUGAAUAUGUUCAGUCUGUCUUGCGUGGUGAGGUUGUUGGGGAUAAGGCAGUCGGAAGGUACCUUAUGGAUGUAUUGGGCACCGGCGUGGAGGAGGAUGGCGGCUGGACUGCUGGACUCCAAGACACUUUGAUGGUGACCUAUCUCGCGAACUUGGUUCGAAGCCAAGCCGAGGUUUCUGCAAGAUUAGCGUUGACCACCGCAGCAUGAGCAACGUGGCGGGUAUUCCUAGUGUCCGAACGCGAUUGAAGCCAUUCAUUAUAUCACCUAGCUCGAUUUGCUUUCCGCCGAUGAUCCACACUUCAUCUGCGAAAAUUUUGGCUGCUGUAUCAGUGUUCUGUACCGCUGUAUCAGUCAUUUCAUUUCAUCCUCAUGCGCCUCUGCAGAACAGCUGCACUCAGCAAUCCCAGUUGAUGUGUGUGAUCGUCUGCGAUAAUGUCGCAGUCGCCACCUUUUUUGUUCACGUGGAGGGGAAAGA